UGUAACAAUAAAAAAAAAAUACACUAAAAAUGUGGAUUAAUCUGGUUAGUCACAUUAAACUGCUAUUAUUUUGAACACUACUGUAUGUAACUUUAGGGAUCCUUGAGAACAAGGGGGUGGGGAGGACUAUUUAAACCAGCCUCCAACGCUUGAACCGAUUGCUUGAGACAGAGCAGAAAGAACAGUUGAGUCGCAGAUAUGGCCUGGCGAAGUUUGUGCCGUGGACCGUCGACGCUCCCUGUAAGCUGUUUCGAUGAGCUGAUGGCAUCAGGGGUCCGCAGGAGCAGUAGCAUGCCGAUCGCCAGACAGGUUUUCAGUGAGAGCGGCAGCAUCAUCAAACCUUUCAGUGAGAUUCCCGGCCUGUGGAAGAACAGCUUUGCCAACCUGUACAAUUUCUGGAAACUGGACGGCUUCAAAAACCUUCACCGGAUAAUGCUGCAGAAUUUUAAUACUUUUGGACCCAUUUACAGAGAAAAAGUAGGAUAUUAUGAAAGUGUGAAUAUUAUCAACCCAGAGGACGCUGCCAUCCUAUUCAAAGCGGAAGGUUCUUUUCCCAAAAGGCUGAAAGUGGAAGCCUGGACCUCAUACAGAGACUACAGGAAUCGUAAAUAUGGCGUUUUACUGAAGAACGGGCCAGAUUGGAGGUCGAAUCGGGUCAUCCUCAAUAAGGAGGUGAUCUCCCCGAAGAUGCUCGCCAACUUUGUGCCCUUACUGGACGAAGUGGGUCAUGACUUUGUGGCCAGAGUUCACAAGAAAAUAGAACGAAGUGGCCAGAACAAGUGGACAACAGACCUCUCCCAAGAGCUCUUCAAAUACGCGCUAGAGUCGGUGAGCACAGUUCUAUAUGGGGAGCGUCUGGGUCUGAUGCUAGACUAUAUCGAUCCGGAGGUUCAACAUUUCAUCGACUCCAUCACCCUCAUGUUCAAGACCACCUCACCCAUGUUGUACAUACCUCCGGCUCUACUUAGGCGGAUUGGAGCCAAAGUGUGGCGGGACCACGUGGAUGCAUGGGAUGUCAUCUUUAAUCAAGCUGACCGCUGCAUCCAGAAUAUCUACAGACAGUUACGCCAGGAGGGUAGUCAUACUAAAAAGUACCCAGGUGUUCUGGCCAGCCUGCUCAUGCUGGACAAGCUGUCUAUUGAAGACAUCAAAGCCAGUGUCACCGAGCUAAUGGCUGGGGGAGUCGAUACGACCUCUAUAACGUUGUUGUGGACAUUGUACGAGCUGGCCAGACAGCCCAACCUUCAGGAGGAGCUGAGGGCGGAGGUGGCGUCUGCCAGGGCACAAAGCCAAGGGGACAUGGCGGAAAUGCUGAAAAAGAUUCCUUUGGUCAAAGGAGCUUUGAAGGAAACGCUAAGGUUACAUCCAGUUGCUGUGAGCUUGCAAAGAUACACAGCAGAGGACAUCAUUAUUCAGAAAUACCACAUUCCAGCAGGGACCCUGGUGCAGUUAGGACUCUAUGCAAUGGGAAGAGACCCUAAGGUGUUUCAUCGUCCGGAGCAAUAUCAGCCCUCUCGCUGGCUCAGGACUGAAAGCCACUACUUCCGCAGCUUGAGCUUCGGCUUUGGCCCACGCCAGUGUAUAGGACGCAGAAUAGCCGAGACCGAGAUGCAGAUCUUCCUCAUCCAUAUGCUUGAAAACUUCAGAGUGGAAAAACAGCGACACGUGAAUGUGCAGAGCACUUUUGAGCUCAUACUCUUACCAGACAAGCCCAUACUAUUAACUCUCAAGCCCUUGCACAGUAGCCGAUAACGUGGCAUCUCACAGAAUUUGGAGGAGGAGCCAUCUUUGUCCAUAUUUAGACCUCUAACAUCAAUAAACGCAUUUAUAAGUUAACUCUGGAUUUUCUUCAAAAGUGAUCAAUGUAAAUGAACGGCAAAUGUGUGUUACUUCAAGAAUAACUACGGACAUGUUUGUGGACAAUCGACUGUGAGGAAAAACAAUACACACAAACUUUAAAUUCAUGUGUGCAUGGAAAAUGUAAUUUGUCCAACCAGGAUAAAUAAAAUACUGCAAAUGAAACGUAAUACUUCUUUUCAUGGUUGAUUUCUUGUCUGAAGUGCUGAAGUCUUCUGCUUGUUUGGCUGCUCCCUCAAUUUUGUUCAUCUUGUUCGUGUUUGUUCAGUUUGGUCAAGAAGUCCUAUUUCAUUCUCCCACAAGAUUUAAA